GGACUGCGCAGCACACAGUUCACUCAGAGAGAUCUGCAGCUUGUGAUAAUUUCAACGAUCAUCAACACAAAUUCAGCUGUAAUCAGAUCUGCUUCCUGGUUUUAAACUAAAAAUGCCCAGCACUCGCUCACAGAAUCAGCCCACCCUUCAGUUCCCCCGAAGAAAGUCCUCCAGAUUGGGUUCUCGACCUAAAAGUUCCUCUGAGAAUGCAGAAUCCACCCCUCUGUCCCCUAGAAAGUCACAUGUGGGAGAUCCGCUCGGCGUCUGUCUGAAAAACACCUCUUUGUCUGAGAGGCUGCCCUUGAGCCCCCGCAAACGUACAGGUGAUGAGAAUGGCUGUAACCUCCAGGCCUCUAUGCUUGGCUCUCCUCCUAAGCAGCGCUGCGCUCCUCUGUGCUCUCCUCGUAAACUCUCCUUCAAUGAGAACACGCCGGUCUUCUCCUCACCCAAAAUUCCCCUCUCUCCUAUUUCACGUCCAUCGCCAAAGCGGCUGCAGGAGACCCCCUGCUCAAACCCGAUCCCCCGUACAGAGGGAAAGCUCCCUGUUACUCGGCUCUUUCCUGUGAAAGAAUCGGGUUAUCAGAGUGUAAAGCAGGCUCUUCACACUGCAGUGCCUGAACGUCUUCUCUCCAGAGAGGCAGAGAGAGCCGCCAUUGUCUCCUUCCUGGAGAACCAUGUGGUGGCGGGAAAACCCUCCAGCCUCUAUAUUUCUGGUGCUCCUGGCACAGGCAAGACUGCCUGUCUGAACUGCGUCCUCCAGGAACAAAAGGCUCUGUUGAAAGGUGUUCAGACUGUGCUCAUCAACUGUAUGAAUCUGCGUAGCUCACAUGCCAUCUUUCCAUUGCUGGGAGAGAGACUGGGGGUUCCAAAGGGCAACAGCGAGGGUCGGCUGGAGAAACUCCUGACCAGCUCUGGGCCCACUGUCCUGUUGGUUCUUGACGAGAUGGACCAGUUGGACAGCAAGUCUCAGGAGGUUCUCUACACGAUCUUUGAGUGGCCUUACCUGCACAACUCUCGCGUUUGCCUCAUUGGUAUUGCUAACGCGUUGGACCUGACGGACCGUAUUCUGCCUAGACUGCAGGCCAAACCACACUGCCGACCCAAGCUGCUCAACUUUCCUCCCUACAGUCGUGAGGAGCUUAAUGCAAUCGUUCAAGACCGGCUCACACAAGUGUCAGGGGAAGGUGUUUUGGACGCAGCGGCAGUUCAGUUCUGUGCUAGAAAAGUUUCAGCUGUGUCAGGAGAUGCCCGCAAAGUGCUCGACAUAUGCAGGAGGGCCGUGGAGAUUGUGGAAGCGACUGACAGGUCUAAAAUGGCAUCCGAACCUGCAGCCAGCCCUAAAGUGUCGCGGGUGAGUGUUCCUCAGGUGGCGCGGGUUUUAUCAGAGGUGUAUGGCGACCGUAUGGCAUCCAGCAGCGGGGACGGUGAGAGCUUUCCUUUGCAGCAGAAGCUUCUGGUCUGCUGUCUGCUUCUCAUCAUCCGUAAUGGCAAGAGCAAAGAGGUCCAGUUGGGCAAGCUGUGUGAAGCGUACAGUAAGCUGUGUAAGCAGAGGCAGGUGGGAGGUGUCGGACAGACCGAGUGUUUGUCUCUGUGCAGUCUGCUGGAGAGCAGAGGAAUCUUCACACUCAAAAAGGCCAAGGAGGCUCGUCUGACUAAAAUCUCCCUGAAGAUUGAAGAGCGAGAUGUAGAGAAUGCUUUGAAGGAUCGAACUCUCCUUGGAAGCAUAUUAGCAGCUGGUCUGCCAUAAAUGACAUCAGAUUUAAAGCCGUUUUUUUUUUUUUUUAUAACUAAUUUUACUCUUUUUCUCAUUUGUCAGUAUUUUAUAAUGCUUUGAUGUGAAAGUCUUGUUUAAAAUGAGAUGUGCUAUGAUUUGAUCCAAAAGGGUUGAUUUCUACAUUAUGUUUGUGUCAAACAUUUGGCCUGCCUUUUAAAUGUAGGGUUCUUUUUCUUUCUUUUUUUAUGUAUUCUUAAAUGGGCAUAAAUUCUUCUUUAAUUCAAAACAGAAGAUGUUGCCUUCUAUUUUAUUUUGUACAUCGGCUUUGUAAUGGUUUUGGGGGGAUGUACAUUUUUAAUAAAGCAGAAUGUGUAACUCG